CCUCCCUUACCACCGUGGCCUCUGAGAGAAAAGGAGACAGUGUGCAUUAUAUAGGCUGGCGAUAGGAGAAAACAGAUAUCUAUAUUCCGAUAUAUGGAUUAAUUUGAAACGACAUCAUUUGUGUCUGUUGGUACAUUGGAUGUAUUUUUCAGGAUAGAAAUCGUUUUUGGAUCGUUUUUCUUUUGCCAUGGCGUGUGGAAUCAGACAUGACGCCGUGUGGGUAAAAUGGCGUUUUGGCUGCGGACAGAAUUGGCGGAUUCUGUUCCUCCUUUUUUCUGUCACUCAUUUGGUGACCGGACACAUCCGAUAUUCAAUCCCAGAGGAGAUGAAGAAAGGCUCUUUAAUCGGUAAUGUUGCACAGGACCUCGGUUUGGAUUUGAAACGGCUCCGCUCCGGUCGGGCCCGUAUCGUGACCGGAGAGAGCAUCCAGUACACGGAGCUGAAGUCAGACAAAGGGAUUCUAGUCGUGAAUGAGAGAAUCGACCGGGAGCAGCUUUGUGGAGACGUGACACCGUGCAGUUUCAGCUUUGAGGUGAUUUUAGAAAAUCCUAUGGAGUUGCAUCAAAUCACAGUUGAAAUUACAGAUAUAAAUGAUCAUUCGCCUACUUUUAAAAGAAGUAGCAUCAGCUUUGAAAUCAGCGAAAUAGCAAACACCGGGGCUCGUUUUUCCUUGACAAGUGCAGAAGACCCAGAUGUGGGUGUUAACGGACUCAAAGAAUAUCUGUUGACUGAAAAUGAUUAUUUUAUUCUGAAACAAAACGCGAAUGCAGAUGGCAAGAAAUACGCAGAGAUGGUGCUUCAGAAGCCGUUAGACAGAGAGACAAAUCCUAUUCUCACUCUGAAGCUCAUAGCAGUCGACGGUGGGACUCCGCAGAGAUCUGGUACAGUGAAUAUAGAUAUCGCCGUUCUUGAUGUUAAUGAUAAUGCACCUGUAUUCAAUCAGUCUGUGUACAAAGCUACAGUGAUGGAAAACUCUGCCAGAGAUACUUACGUUACCACUGUUAAUGCUAGUGACGCAGACUUCGGGUCAAAUAGUAUCGUGAGUUAUUAUUUUUCAGAUCUUAACAGUGGUCUCAGUGACUUGUUUAUGAUUGAUGAGAAAACUGGCGUAAUUUUAAUAAAAGGUUCUGUUGACUAUGAAAAAGACAAAAAGUACGAACUGAGAAUUGAUGCAAGAGAUCAGGGAGGCUUGACAGAUUCAAGUAAAGUAAUAAUUGAAGUAACUGAUGUUAAUGAUAACGCUCCUACCAUCAGCGUCAUGUCAUUCACUAGUCCUGUGUCAGAGGAUUCUCCUCCUGGCACAACUAUUGGCAUCAUAAAUGUGAAAGACCUGGAUUCACGUGAUAAUGGACAAGUAAACUGUCGAAUCGAGCAAAAUUCACCCUUCAAGAUUAAAUCUAAUUUAAGAAAUUACUACACUUUGGUAACAGAUACUGUGUUGGACCGUGAAAGUGUCUCAGAAUAUAACAUUACUAUUGUUGCAACAGAUGCCGGAGUUCCUCCUCUCUCAGCAAAACGAACCUUUAAUUUGAAGGUCUCUGAUGUGAAUGAUAAUGCUCCAGCGUUUUCACACAGUGUUUACAAUACUUUCAUCACGGAGAAUAAUUCUCCAGGCGUUUCUGUUCUCGUGAUCAGGGCUAAUGACCCCGAUGAAAACCAGAACGCCCGCAUAUCCUAUAUUCUGGAGGACAGUAAUAUCGGUGGAUCUCCUAUUUCUGAAUCUGUUUCUGUAAAUGCAGAGAGUGGAGUUGUACACGCAGUGCGCUCAUUUGAUUAUGAGCAAAUCAAACAGUUAAUUUUUGUAGUGAAAGCGCAGGAUGGAGGCUCUCCUCCACUCAGCAGCAAUGUGACAGUGAAAAUGACGAUCCAGGACCAGAACGACAACCCUCCUCAGGUCCUAUAUCCAGUCCAGACUGGUGGCUCUGUGGUGGCUGAAAUGGUGCCUCGUUCAGCAGAUGUGGGCUAUCUGGUGACCAAAGUGGUGGCUGUUGAUGUGGACUCUGGACAGAAUGCGUGGCUGUCGUAUAAACUGCAGAAAGCCACAGACAGGGCUCUGUUUGAAGUGGGCUCCCAGAAUGGAGAGAUCCGAACCAUCCGCCAAGUGAGUGAUAAAGAUGCAGUGAAACAGAGACUGAGUGUUAUAGUGGAGGACAACGGGCAGCCCUCUCGUUCAGCUACAGUCAUUGUGAACGUGGCGGUGGCGGACAGUUUCCCUGAAGUUCUGUCGGAGUUCAGUGACUUUCCACACGACAAGGAGUACAAUGACAACCUGACUUUUUACUUGGUGUUGGCUCUGGCUGUGGUCUCCUUCCUGUUCAUCACGUGUUUGGUGGUUAUUAUUUCAGUGAAAAUCUACAGAUGGAGACAGUCUCGCAUCCUGUAUCAUUCCAACCUGCCUGUGAUUCCAUAUUAUCCUCCACGUUACUCAGACACUUUGGGGACAACAGGGACUCUCCAACACGUGUACAAUUACGAGGUGUGCAGGACGACAGACUCGAGAAAGAGUGACUGUAAGUUCGGCAGAGCUGGUAGUCAGAACGUUCUGAUCAUGGAUCCCAGUUGUUCAGGGACGAUGCAGCGGAUGCAGCGUGAGAAGAGCAUCCUGGAUGAACCAGACUCUCCUCUGGAGGUGAGGUGCAAUAUAUAAACUCUUUGUUUAUACAACUGCUCAUGUUCUGUACUGAAAACAAUUUCUAAGAGAUGAUUGAUUCCACGUUAGCUGGGGUCAAGUACUUUCAGCUUUUUUCAUUACCGCAGGGGUGGACAGCUCAUCCUUAGCUGACUGCUUUUGCCCGACAACCCUCCCUCCCCCCCCUUUUUUUUACA